UGUCCUCCAAUCUCAUCUCACUCGUUUCAGAGCUUCUCCUCUUCCAUUGGCGCAGGUUAAGUUCAGGUGUGCGCAGGAUAGAAGAUCCGCCAUGGAUCGCCCAGCUCUAAUUUUCCUCGCCAUCUGCUGCAUUGCUCUAACAUGCGCCAGUGGCCAAGCUCCAGCAGCUGCGCCCACUACCACACCGGCAACACCAUCAACACCAGCAACCCCUGCAUCUUCGCCAGUCGCUGCAACAGCUCCAACCACUCCUAAAACCCCAGCCCCGGCUACAGCCACAGCCCCAACCGCAUCUCCACCAACCGUAGUCACCGCUCCACCUGCGGCCGCACCGAAAGCGGCCCCACCUACUCCCACGGUUCCGGCUCCUGUAACACCACCGGCAUCUGCCCCACCCGCAAAGGCGCCUGCCGCGUCCCCGCCGGCGCCGGUUCCCGUCAGCUCUCCGCCUAAGCCAGUAUUGCCACCACCGGUACCGGCUCCGACCACUCCGCCGGUGGCUUCACCUCCCGCCCCUGUCUCGGCCCCGCCGUUGCCGCCGCCCCCGGCGGAGGUGCCAGCUCCGGCCCCCAGCAAAAAGAAGACGAAGAAGAAGAAGCAUUCCGCUCCGUCGCCCGCGCCGGCGGUUGCCAGCCCUCCCGCGCCGCCUACUGACGCAUCCGCGCCCUCAGGGGACAUCGGCGCCCCUGCACCGACGUCCGUCGCCGAUCAGAAUGGAGCAGAGAAGGCGUUGGGCAUGAAAACCGUGUUUGGGAGCUUGAUCUCUGGAUGGGCUCUCUUCUUCUUCCUUGGCAUUACUGUCUAGAGCUCCGCUUUUAUACACGGCCAUAGAUAGUCUGCUUUCUUUUUCUUUGUACCCCCAUUUGGAUUCUUUGAGGAGAGCUUUGUAUUGAACACGAUUAUUUGAUUGAUGGUAUGAUAUGAUAUGACACGGAGCUUCGUAA